CGCUGAUCACCGGGAAAUGCAAAUGCCGGUUCUCGGCUGCACUUUCCUCACGCUGUCAGAUCGUGAGGAAAGUACUGCCGAAAACCGGCAGUUGUCAGAGCGGGGAUCGGCACCGAUCAUCAGGGUCACUGAUCAUCAGUGCCCUGAUGAUCGGUGCCCAGCAGUGCCACACACAAGUUCCGCCCACCUGUGCCCAGCAGUGCGCCCACCUGUGCCACCCACCUCCCAGCAGUGAUGUCAGUCAGUGCUGUCUAUCAGUACCCAUUAUCAGUGCCGCAUAUCAGUGCCACCU